AAACAAAAAAAUCUGUCAGAACAAACCAUUAUGAUUGGAAAAAGACGAUAACAGCCUCGUCGGCCAUGUACUAAGAAGCUUUGCCUGGUCUAUUGCCGGAAUUCCAAGCCCUAACCACCGCCAAUGACGCCGCCUGACGAUGCUUGGAUCCGUUCUCAUCAGCGCUUGCUUCCCCAGUCGCAAUCGCUUCUCUCUUCCCACCAUCGGUCAGCUAUUGCGGUUGCAAUCUCGAGAGUGAAUCAGCUUGACGCUGCACGGCUAGACCUUGAGAUGUCUGCCAUGUUGAAGGAACAGCUGGUUAAGGUUUUCACUUUGAUGAAGCCAGGAAUGCUCUUUCAAUACGAACCAGAGCUCGAUGCUUUCCUUGAAUUUCUCAUUUGGAGAUUCUCUAUUUGGGUUGACAAACCUACCCCUGGAAAUGCUCUCAUGAAUCUAAGAUACAGAGAUGAACGAGUAGCACAACAAUGGCGUCAAGUCAGAACAGGACUCGAAGGUCCCGGACUCACUGCUCCUCAAAAGAUUUGGUACUGUGUUGCCUCCGUUGGUGGUCAGUACCUCUUCUCCCGUUUGCAGUCAUUUUCUGCUUUCCGUAGAUGGGGUGAUUCUGAGCAGAGACCAUUGGCCAGGCGACUUUGGACCCUCAUACAACGUAUCGAAGGCAUCUACAAAGCUGCUUCUUUUCUUAACUUAUUGUCCUUUCUUUACACGGGAAGGUAUAGGAACCUCAUUGAAAAAGCUUUAAGAGCUAGGCUUGUCUAUAUGAGUCCCCAUAUGAACCGAUCUGUCAGCUUCGAGUACAUGAAUCGCCAACUUGUCUGGAAUGAAUUUUCGGAAAUGCUCUUGUUGCUUCUUCCGCUGCUCAACUCUUCAGCCGUUAAGAAUAUCCUUAGUCCAUUUACCAAGGACAAGUCCUCAAGCAAUAAAGCGGAUACAGUGACUUGUCCAAUUUGCCAAGUCGAUCCUGCAAUUCCGUUUAUUGCUCUGCCUUGCCAGCACAGGUACUGUUACUACUGCAUAAGGACCCGCUGCGCGUCAGCAGCAUCAUUCCGGUGUCUUAGAUGUAACGAGCCUGUGGUGGCAAUACAACGGGAAGGUGUUUCAGAUGGCAAAUGAAUGGAGGUGAGGAAAUGUGGUGGUGGGCGAAGCUGUUGCAAGUAGUUUUGUGGGUGCUCAGAGUUACUGAAGAAACGAAGUGUAAAAAUUCAAAGGCAAGCAGCCGAAACCAGACUAGAAUCUGAUGACGGUUGUUUGCAAACAGACUAUAGAGUAAGGGAAUAAAGGCAGCAAGAAACAAGUUUAGAUAGAUAGAUGUACUUGUGUACGUUGAAAAGUUCCGGUCUUGUCUUAUUAGAAAAACCAAUUGAAACGUCUGCUACACUUUGAAUAAUAGCAAUCUCAAUAUCAAUCUCCUUACAUGUGGU